AUGCUGGGCGUGUCUCCCGGCAGCAAGCGCGGCCACGCCACCGGCCACCAGCAUGUGUACUCCUGGUUCGACAGGGCCGCACCGGGCCCGGCCUCCUUGGACACCGGCCGUGGUGGUCCUGCGGGAGGGUCCAAGGACUGGCACCGAGUCUAUGAGAGUUUCGCGGGCUAUCAGACUCCCGCGCGAAUGUUUCUCCCGUUCAAGGGACGCAAGCCCGGACUGGAGACUGGCGACGUGAUCAAGAUGUGUUGGCAGGGUCAUGCUCUGGCCAUUUGCAAUUUCCUUGAUGAUCAGCUGGACGGCCAGGCACAAUAUGUGUUUGAGCCAACGCCGAUGGAGAACCAUUUUGAUCGAACAUCCUUUGAAUUGGAGGUGGUAAAGCAGGGUGGAUACUAUGCCUUUAGAGCUCCAAAAGCUCAAGAUCGGAUGCUCCAGGCCCGUGAAGCAGGCAGCGCCAUUUGCUUGCUGUUCCUCAAUGGCCAGAUGGGUGAAGCUGAGAGCUGGGAGGUCGUGAGAGGGGACUUGAACAGCCACUGGCACAGACUUGCUGUCACUCUCCGCCCAAAAGCAGCCCUGAAUUUCUCUCUGGAGGUGGAGUUUGUACGUAUGGGGAAGUACCAACCUCUGGGCUAUGCUAGCCAACCUCACAGCCUUGCUGCAUCAAGGGAACAGGUUGAGCAACUGGUGGGCCGUGUUGAAAACCUUGAGAACAACCUCAAGGAAGAGCAAGCUCUCAUGGAGAAGGAGAAGAAGAAGCAGGAGAGGAGGAGGCAUGUGGCGAUGCAGCGCCUCACGGACAAGCAGCAGAGGCGUGUCAGCGAGACAGUUCUUGCAGUUUGGAGGGAUCGAACCACCCGAUCGCAGCACAAUCAGCUGCAGGUAAAGCGCCACAAUGCGGCCAGAAAUAGGCGACUUGUGUCUGAUACAUUCUCAGCAUGGAUUCUAUAUCAUAGACGGCGCCUACCAUGGCAAAGGAUCAUGAACAGGGUGUCACGCAAGCUGUCAGAGAUGAGACUGCGCCAGUCAUUCAAGGUGUGGAAGACAAUUGGCCACAUGUCACCAGAGAAGGGUGCAAAAAUGAUGUGCCUGAUGUGGGUGUUGAGGCGCCAGAGGCUGGCACAGUGCUUUCUGGAAUGGAAGGCUCUGACUUCAGACUUCAACAGUAUGGUUCGGCAAUGGAAUGAACAAAGGGUGGUUUGCCUUGCUUUUGGUGCCUGGCGGCACGACGCCUGGGGCAAAGUGCAGAUGGCCCACAUGGUAGGCCAGGCAAUGACAAGGCGUGACAGACGUGUCAUGAGAAGUGGCUUUACUGGUUGGUUAGGGGAGGUUCAGGAUGCCAAGGGUAGGCAGACUGGACUCAGGGAGCUGGAAGGCAGGUGCAAGUGCAAGUCUCUUGCAACUGCCUUCCACAUAUGGCAAUCAUCUGCACAGAAUGUGAAAUUGGCGAAGUGGAGCAAAUCGAAACAGUUUGAGAAGCGUGUGGAGGCAGUGCUGGUGUUUGUGUUGGCCAGCAAACUGUACCAGCAGCCCUUGAUGGCCAACAUGUUCCAUGAGUGGCGCAAGUUUGCGAACAGCAAGAUACGAAAAGGGCCGAUGGUGGCCAAAAUGAGGGCCAGAAGAUCACGAGCCAUAAUGCGUCAGGCAUUGCACUGUUGGAGGACUGCAUGUCAGGACAUUGCCGCCAGCCGAAAGGAAGCUGAGGACCUCAGGAAUCGCAGGGAUGAGACCCUCAAGCAGGACACUUUUGCCGUGUGGAAAGAGUACGCUGCUGCAGAGCAUCACAAGCGGGAGAUUGUGACACGCUGCGAAAUGUCAAAGAGGGUUGCUAUGAUGUAUUUCUUUGAAUGGUUUGGAAGGAUGCUCAUACCGGCGUGGCCUAAUCGGGAAAGUGAAUAG